AUGUCCUCUUUUCUUCGCAUAGACGAUUAUGAAAGUUACGAAAAACCAAAUAAUGAUUUCACUAACCUUAACCAACACUCUAAUAAAAGAGUUUUAGACAAAAUUUCUACUCGUAAAGAUAUUAUAUCUCACGCUCCUUCAACUCCUUCUUACACUUCUCAUAGUAAAAAACCUUUUAAUAAACCUUCUUCCUCUUCUUCGCCGUUAAAUGAUCUACCUCAAAACACCAAUGAUAUUCAUCUUAAAAUUUACACAAAUGAUUAUCAUAUGAAAAGUACCCCUAUCUUUUAUCACAACACGAGCUCAACACUGAAUGACAAAUAUAGAAUUAGUUAUAGAUUAUUGGCUCGUAAAGAAAUGAUUUCAUCACGUGCUAAUAAUUUACGUGAACAUAAUACUACGACUCGUACUUUUUUUAAUUUCACAUAUAAGAAAUAUCAUUUUCAUUUUGGAAUAUAUCCCUUGUUCUCAACAACCAUCACAUUCACCGUUUUACACCCUUGUAAUAAAUGUCAAGUUCCUAGCCCCUUUGUUAUGUCUCAAUGUAGACGCUCCUGUGUUAUGCAUCAACAACUUUUCUUUCGUAAUGAUACUUUCAAUAAUGUCCGAAAUCAUGGACGUCAGGACCUCACCUCAACCAUUACUACUCCGGUCAACGACAAGCGCUCACAUGCUAAUUUGUUACAUGACAGAUGGAAUUGCAGAUGGAAAAAAGAUGUUGUAUCCCAACGAUUGGGAAUUAGUUAUAAGGAAUCUUAUCUUGCUCGUACUAAAGGCUUAGUUAUACAUCAUGAACAUAAUCGCCUUGAUACAAUGAAGCACCAGCUGAUUACUGCUCAACGCUACCGGUUUUUAUUUUUACCAUCGCAAUAUAUCUACAAGCCGAUUAAAUAUCUUCAAUACACCCAUGGUCUUGAUUAUCCCGACUAUGGCUUCAAGAUUCCUUACAAUCAGGAGAUUACUCCCAAGAAAGACCUUUUAAUUUAUACGGUCGAACAAUAUAACCCUAUCCCGAAUGGGUUUUUUCCGUCAAAAUACAAAGACAUUAUUCCUAAGAAGCCUCUUUAUACGGCCUCAGGUGAAUUUAUUAUUCCUGGAUCUCGCGAAUGGUUUACUUAUAUGUAUAAGUUGGAUCUUGAACGUAAAUCAACACCACCUCCUUCACGCUCAUCUCUUGAGGAACGUCAACAAUUGCUUGUCAAAGAAAAUGAUCGUAUUCAAGACCUUAUUAAAGGGAAAGGAAAGCAAGAAGCUGCCCUACACGGCACAAGUAAUAUUAACUUCCAACUUAAACUUUACCAAGAAAUGACCACCUUCAACGAUGCCUUUAAUCUUGGAAAGAGCAUAUCUGUUAUCCCACCUAUGACGAAUGAUGAACUUUACGUUCCUUCUAAAGGCGGAAGAUAUUAUAUUAACAAUCCUUCGCAAUAG